AUUAUAUAAUUAUACAUUAUUGAAAUAACCGGCGCCAUUAGAAAUUAUGAGAGAACAUGCUUGUGAACGUUGGGUUUUUGACGCCACGUUUGUCGUUUGUCUUGUUAUCACAGCCAUUUUGAUCUUGUGCUUCAGCUUCUCACUGUUUUCUUAUUCUGUAACCCCACAUUAUCUGUUUUCUAGCGUUAAUUCCUUCAAACCCAUUUCAGAGUUUGAUACAAACCACUAGAUUUUCCACAUUUUCUUAGAAUUUUUAUAAACUCCGCAAGCAGUGACGUACACUCUUAAGAAGCCGCCAAACUGAAAUAGCAUUGGAUUCUUGACAUGCAUUAAUCUUCCUGCGAGAAUUGUCAAUCUUUGAAGGUUCAAGAAUUUCCCGCUAAAGCACAGGGUUGGAUUGUGUUUGUACAUAAAUGGAGAAAUUUUUGGAGAGGGAAAAUGUUUUGUUGGGAUAUAAUCCUCGUGGUUCAUUAGAAAACUCACUAAAAGCACAGAACAGUAACUCUGAUGACUUGGAUUUUAAUGAUGUUUUUGGCGGUCCACCGAGGCGGUUUUCGAUGCAAGAAGUGAAAGGGAGGUACAGUUUUGGUGAACCAGUGGAUUCCGAGGAGAAGCGAGUGUUUGGAACAGAAGUUGUGACGAGAAGGCGAAAUCUGGGUGAUGGUUUCUUUAAUGAUAUAUUUGGAGGUGAUGAGUCUUAUAGUUCACCGAGAAGGACUGAUCGUGACCGGGAAAAUACCUUUGGCUCGAGCCCUGGUUCAAGGAUUUCCAGCCCUGGCAGGGCUUUGAUACCCAAAGCUGAUGCUUUUGCCACUUCACUUCCUGCUCAGUUCAGUCUUCCUGCCAAAUUGAUAAAAGCAACAGAUUACCCUAUAUUUGCUUCUGGAAAUCGUGGACCGUAUAAGAUGGAUGGCAUUGCAAAUGGUCCCCACUCUUCAAAUUCUACUCCAUCUAGAUUUUCAGGUCAAGCAAUAUUGGGACAAGAUGAGACGAGAAAUGAUGUUCUGCCAGUAUAUCACCACAGCUCCUUGUCCAAUGAAGUUUCUUUUAACAACGAGAAUUCUACACAUUCUGGAGUAUCUGAUCUGAAAGAUGUUGAAAAAUGGAAAAAUGAUUCAGUAAGUGUGGAAACUCAGAGCGAAGGCAAUCAGUUUCAUUUCUCUAUAUACAAAUGGGCAGGAAGAGAAUUACCAAUGCCUAUUCCACUUCGAGGUGGGAAGGUUUCAAAAUUGAAAGGGAUGAGUAAAAUUGAUAGGUCUGCAAGCUCUAAUGGAAGGAUUGGAAGUAUGGAACCAGAAUUGUCUACAGUGGAAAACCAUGGGAUUUCAACAAAUAUCGAAGCUGAGUUGAAAUUUGAAAGUGAGAACCAUGAUGAUAGAAGCACAAAAGAUUCAGUUCUAGUCAUGACUGCAAAAGAAGCUAAUUCCCUGCAAAAAACGAAUAUAGGAAAGAAAAUUGAAAAUGUAAACGCUGUGAAGACCGACGAAUCUCACAAGUCAGAUGUGAAGCCUCGGCAUGCAUUCAUUAAUGAGUUUGAACAACAAGAAGUGAAAGGAAAUUCGACCAACCUACCAAAAGAAGUUAUUCCUGAUGACCAUGCUGGUAAAGUGAAGAUUAAUGAAGGAAUAAUGGGUUUAGACAGAACACGCAUAAAUAAAGCUAGCGCACGAACUUCACUCAUAAAUUCAGAAAAAGUUCCUGGUAGAAAUGGAGUCAAAGGAAAGGUCAAAGAGUUUGUCAAGAUUUUCAACAAGGAAACUUCUUCAAGAUCAAAAGUUGAUCCUGAGACUCCAAAUCAGAGCUCUAGAUGGAAAGGCAUAGGAAUCACUCAACCAGAAAUUGAAGUGAAUUUGAAUGCUGCAAAAUUAAAUAAUGAAGUGCCCAUGUGCAGUGUAAAUAAGAUGCCAGAUGUUUCUCGCUGGGUUAACAAAAAUCUCAGCAAUGAUGAAGCAAAACAUUAUUCUCAUACAAAGACCCCAACUAAUCGAAGUAACCAUUUUUCUACUACUCAGAAGGAUUCUAUACCAUCUGAGUCUCUACCCAUUGAUUCUAAGGUUUCAGCUGAAAAUGCAGAAGACCCUUUCGAAGUCAGCUUUGUGGUCCAAGAAUUAUCUCAUGAUGACAACAAAGUUACGGUUGAUGAAAGUUCUGAGGACAUGAAAGCUUUAGAUGCCAAGAUUCAACAAUGGUCUCUUGGGAAGAAAGGAAAUAUCCGCUCGCUGCUGUCAACUUUGCAAUUUGUUCUUUGGCCUGGGAAUGGAUGGAAGGCAGUACCCCUUGUUGAUUUAAUAGAAGCAAAUUCGGUGAAAAGAUCAUAUCAAAAGGCUUUGCUCUGCCUUCAUCCAGAUAAAUUGCAACAGAAAGGAGCCGCUUCUCAUCAAAAAUACCUUGCGGAAAAAGUUUUUGAUAUUGUGCAGGAGGCAUGGGACCAUUUCAACACAAUUGGCCUAUAAUUGUUCAAUGCUCGAAGGCUAUCAAAGGUAGCAUCUUCAAGUGGGAAUGUACAUAUAUUUUGAGAGAUCAAAGGUAUAUCAAUUAAACUACUUGUACACAAGCCUAUUGUUUACACCUUUCUUGAGAGAUGAUGAGGUGGGAGGCAGUUUGUACGUGUAGCAAGGUUGAAAGUGUAUGCAUGAAAUCACCUCGAAAAAUAAUCGCACUGCUAUAGAACGAGUGUUUACACAGACUUUUUGGUCAAAAUAAUUUUUUUGCUUUGUUAUAGAAUAAUUUAGUUAAGGACACAGCAACAAUAUAUAUUUUGGCAAAAAACCAGUUGAAUUGAAUUCCAAGAUAGUUUCAAGUG